AUGGAUCGCGAAGCCAUCUGCAGAGUCAAUGCUGCUGUUGAGUGCUUCUUACACCAACUUGAGAUUGAGCAUGUUGGCCGAGAUCAUUUCACACCGCAAUCCUAUGAGAUUGACCCAUGUCAUCCCCACGAAGCUACUGCAGAAGAUUCUUCUUCUUCACGUAGCAGGUCCCGUUCACCUUUGCCGAGAUUGAGGAACGCAACCUGUACUCAAGCGUCAAGUGUCGUGAAUGUACUCCCCGAUGCGAUCCAUGAGCUCCUAGCGAAAAAGCUUGAGGACUUUAAGCAGGAAAUCUUUGCGCAUGUCAAGGUCACAAUCCCCGAGGUUGUGGCUAGUCUCGUCAACGCUGAGCCUCGUGUAGAGCCAAGUGCAGUUGAAGAGACCUCGCAAAAGGUUUGGGACUCCGGCGCGAAAGAGUCGCUAGCCCAUGACCUCCAGGUUUUGAAGACAGACUCGGCCAUCUUGAAAGCGUUAGACAAUGUCUGCUCAAAGCUUGCGGAGCUAGGAGGAAAUCACCGUUCAAAUAUCACUGCCACGUUUCACCCAAUGCCUCCCAUUGUUUCAGCAGCAGCCCUCCAUGCAAAAGUUGAGGCUGCUGGAAUUAAGGUGUUAAAGAAAGGCGAGCCGAAUGCGAGAAUGCCUUAUGGAGAGGUGGGUGGACAGAAAGGUCAGCCCAGUGUUUCGAUUACUUUUUCGCCGUCAGUAAAGCUGACAGUGCAAGUUCACAGCCGCUUGGUCCAAGUGGUGCUGAAGGGGCGUAGGUCUUGCUUCACGCAUGACAUUUUGAGAAAGCUUUUGCCCUUCUUUGGGCCUGUUUCCACGCUUAUGAGUCCCACCAGUGAAGCGUGA